GGAUGAGAAGAUUUACUGUAGAUUGUUUUUCAGUGGAUUUAAAGCUUUACAGGAUCAGGCUGACAUUCUAUAUUUUUAUUAUAUAACCAUAUUAUAUAUGUUGAUACCUUCUGACUUUAAAAAACACUAAUAUAUAGUUUCAUUAAAACAUUUGCAAAAUGGCAGCUCAGUGUAGUUUUGACUAAACAAACAGGAGGAAAAAGAGCAUUUGUUGCGGAUUAAUCCACAUUUGGUGCUCUGCUAGCCUCCUGGGAGGCGAGUCCCAAUGCCAUGGCCUCCAGCCACGGCUCCUCCCCAGUGCCUCGCGGAGGCCGAGAUGGGAUCUAUCACAAGGACCGGAAUACCCCCCCGCCUCGCUGCCGGUCCAUCCGCUCCCUGCCCGACGUCUGCCCCAAGGAGCCCACAGUCCUAUUUCCUGCAGGUGAGGGGCGGGGCCUGUGUGAUGGCCCCUCCGUGGUGGCGGAGCACGACAGGUGGACGGUGUACAGCUCGAAGGUCAACCUCCCCGCCGCGCUGAAUGACCCGCGGCUCGCCAAGCGGGAGUCCGACUUCUUCACCAAAACAUGGGGGCUGGACUUCGCAGAGACGGAGGUGAUGCCCUCCUUCUACCUCCCCAACAUCACCAGGGAACACUUCGGACCUUACCUGCAGGAGAUGGCUCAGAGGGAAAGAAUCCACGAACGCUGCAAGACGAUCUGUCCCAACAAAGACGACGUGGAAGCUCUCUCCAGUAUCACCACCAACCACGACAAAUCCCGAGCUGAGCUGGAACAAGUCCCGAAGAUCUUCAUGAAGCCUGAAUUUGCUCUGGACGACCCCGCCACCUUCAACAGCGUGCUGCCCUGGUCGCACUUCAACAGUGCCGGUGGGAAGAGCAGCAGAGACGUGGCGUCCUCCAAACUCCUGCAGGAGAAGCUGAGCCACUACCUGGAUGUGGUGGAGGUGAGCAUCGCCCGGCAGAUCUCGCUGCGCUCCGAGGCGUUUUUCCACGCCAUGUCCUCACAGCACGAGCUGCAGGACCGGCUGCAGGACACACAGCGGGCCGUGGCCGUCCUGCGGGGCCGCACUGCUGCCAUCGACCGGGUCAUGUGCCAGGGGCCUCUACGGGCCCUCCGCACCGCCCUGACCCGCAAUAACUGCGUGAAGCUGCACAACAAGCUGAAGCUGAUGGCGGCGGUGCAUCAGACGCAGCCCACCGUGCAGCUGCUGCUCUCCACCUCCGAGUUCGUCGGAGCGCUGGAGCUCAUCUCCACCACCAAGGAGGUGUUGCAGCAGGAGCUGCAGGGGAUCCACAGCUUCAGACAUCUGGGCUCCCAGCUGUGCGAGCUGGAGAAGCUGAUCGAUAAGAUGAUGGUGGAGGACUUCAGCAUGUACGCCCGCAGCGACCUGAACCGCUGCCUGAGGGAAGACGAGCCGCAGGUUCUUGAGAAGGAGCGUCUGGAGUGUCUGGUGUUCGGCCUGCUGCGGCAGAGGAAGCUGGACUUUCUGGAUAUCUACGGCGAUGAGAUGAUCAUGGCUGUGAAGGCCAUCGUCUCUCAGUGUGUGGCAGAAAAUGUUUUGCACAUGGAAGACAUCGACACUGAAGUCGUCACUAAGCUCGCUGACCAGAUGCGUCUGAUGACGUUCCCUCAGUGGUUCGAGCUGCUGGAAAACGUCUUUGAGAGUUUCCUUCUCUUCCUGCAGAGGAUCAAGGCCACUCAGAGCGUGAUCAAAAACGUGGUUCUGGAGGUUCUGGCCUCGACGCAGAAGAUCCGGCUCCUGGAGGAGGCCGGUUCAAGGCCUUCAGUUCAGGAGGCUCCACACGGCCCGUCGCUGCUGCAGGGGGAGGCAGAGCUGGCCUACCUCACCCACGAGGGUCUGUUCAUCAGCGACGCUCUGAACGAGGCCCAGAAGCAGCAGCAGCAGCAGCAGGGGGGGGUCCCGGAUCAGAGCUCUACUGCAGGCUCCAGGAUCCAGCAGAGUCGGGUGGAGGCCUCUGGUUACACGGAGACCUCCGUCAGCAGAGAGCAGAGCUACAUGUCCGGUGAGAACAUGAUGCCUUCUGAUCUGGAGCUGAACCGUGUGAUCAACAACCUCCAGGAGCUGCUGUUCACCGCCUCCGACGUCAGCCACGACCGCUGCGUCAAAGUCCUCACGGCCAGAGCCAAGGACGGCUCUCUGGAGCGUCUGAGCUCGGCGGAGUUCGUGUGUCUCUCUCAGGCGGUGGAGGGUUUCGUCAGGGACACCGAGGAGCUGUGCGGCCGGCGCAGCUCCUCCCUGAGGGGGGCGCUGCAGAGCCAGGCCAACCGCUUCGUCCACCGCUUCCACGAAGAACGGAAGACCAAACUCAGCCUCCUCUUGGAUAACGAGCGCUGGAAGCAGGCGGAGGUUCCUGCCGAGUUCCAGGAUCUGGUGAACUCCAUCGCUGAUGGAAGAAUUGGUCUACCAGAGCGCAAAAUCCCAGGUCCGGAGGACAGGAAGCCCGCUGACUUUCUGCUCGUCAACGGGCAGAAAUAUGCCGUCGUCGGGACGGUUCUGCUGCUGAUCCGGAUCUUUCUGGAAUACUGUCAGUGUGUCAACGACAUCCCAUCCAUCGCCACCGACAUGCUGACGCGUCUGUCGGACCUCCUCAAGCACUUCAACUCUCGGAGCUGCCAGCUGGUUCUGGGAGCCGGAGCUCUGCAGGUUGUCGGUCUGAAGACGAUCACCACCAAAAACCUCGCGUUGGCUUCCCGCUGCCUGCAGCUGGUGGUUCAAUACAUUCCCAUCAUCAGAGCUCACUUUGAGUCCAAACUGCAGCCCAAGCAGUUCAGCGUCCUGCGACACUUCGACCACAUCACCAAGGAUUACAACGAUCACAUAGCAGAAGUUUCUGCUAAGCUGGUGGCCAUCAUGGACAGUCUGUUCGAGAAGGUUUCAUUAAAGUAUGAAGUGAAGGCUCCGAUGCCCUCCGCCUGCUUCAGAAACGUCUGUAAACAGAUGGCGAAGAUGCACGAAGCCAUUUCUGAACUCUUACCUGAAGAACAGAUGCAGAUGUUGUUUCUGAAGAUUAACGCCAGUUUUAAGAUGCACCUGAAGAGGCAGCUGGCUCGACUCGGGGUCGUUAAUGACGGAGGACCACAGAACGGGCUGGUGGUGGUGGACGUCGCGUUCUACACGGAGAACAUGCAGGCGCUGAAGAGCCUCGACCGGCUCGACCUGAACAUGGGCGAGAUCUGGGAGCAGAAGAGGUGAUGGAGGACGAAGACGGGACGGGGGGGACCUCGGGGGCCGACCGAGGUUGGAGGAGGCCCGGAGGGACCAAAAAUACAAAACGGAGAGAAGGGCAGCGACACGCCGGGGGCUUCCUGAACAGCUCCACCUUAAAAAACUUUAUCAAGUAACACAAAGAGCCUCCUUCAGACUGCUGCCUCAUCUCACUGUGUGCAAUGCAACAGAAAUACUAGUAACUUAUUAGAGAGCGUUUCAGCGGGAGGUACGGGUGUAGAUAAUGUUUAAGAACAGGCGGGGUAAUUUAUUUUUCUGUCGUCUUGAGAACAAUCUAUACUGCGGCGGUCUUUUUCUCCACGUGUUGGAGCGGAAGGGAUUUUUAUCACCAACGCACACGGACACGGAAAACACUUUUCGCAGACUUUUGCUCAAAGUUCACAGCCGAGGAUUCAGAUCACAUGAUUCAUCCAAACCUCGUUCAUCAGCUGGUUUAGUUUUUUCUCUGGUGAAAUGGAUUCCUAAACUUUUAUACUCUAACACAAGGAUAUUUUCCAGACUAGUUGUGUUCAAAGCCUGGAGAUCCAGACAGUGUAAGCUCUAGAGGAACCCGGAAAUAUGUAAUUGAAGAGUUAAUUUCCUGAAAACUUUAAAUAACAAACAUCAGGACAUCGCAACACUCGGCUACAUUCUCCAAAGUAAAACACUCUAAUCUGGGAAAAACUCUUCAAUUACAUUUAUUUCCCCUCAAACUCUCCAAUUAUGCAUAAAGUUUUCUUGAGCCGAGGGAUUCAGUCGUGAUGAUCCAGACACGAAGGUCCUUUUUAUACGUGGUGUUAAUUGAUGAGUUUGCAGAACAUGAAGCAUGAAAAUCAGCUGUUGACUCAAACUGCUGUUCUCCCUCCUACUGUACUUUUAUUUAAUCUGCAUGAACAUGAAGCUUUUUGUUUCCUCUGAAGCUGAAACGACUCAAAGGAACAAGAAAUCUGAUUUAUUCUUUAAUGAAUAUCUAAAUUUAAUCUUUAAUUAGGAAAAACAAAGAAGUCACUUCCUCGUGGUGCAUUCAGGUGCUGUCAGUUUUGAUGCAGUCAUUUGUGCUAAUCAAAAUAAAAGUGCAAUAGUUGAGCUAAUUCAAAGCAAUUUUACACCUUUUCAAUUCCUCAAAUAUAAACUAACAAAUAACUUGGUCAAGAUGAAGUGGAACUUUCUGUAUUAAAACUAUUAAAUAUUGUAUAAAGUAUAUAAACAUAGAAUUAAAUAGAUCGUCCCCAUUGGCCUGAUGUCGGUAUUUGUGCUCCUCUAGUUUUUACUGCACUUACCUUGUCCGGCCACUCGGGGCGCUAAAGUACAGUUUCCUUCAAACGUCAGAUUUUCUGUUCCUGAGUGAAGUUCAGUCGUUGAGCUCCGACCAAAAUGAAAACAUCUGUCCAGCUGCCGUCACAUCACCUUCAGUCUGCAGACUUACAGCAACACUACAGGCUGAUCCUGAGAUAAUGUGAUACAACAGCUGCUUAAAUGUUCUCCGUAUCAGCCGCGAGUCAGAAACGCAGUUUAAACCCAAAGUGAGUCGUGUGUGAUGUGACCGCAGCUGUCCUGAAAACAAGAAAAGCAUCAACUAUCCUCACUGUCCGCUUCAGAAGUGCCUACUUUUGAUCGACUGUCAGAGACGACACAUCUGAGCUCUCCACUACAGUGUGCCUACCAUACCACUGUGUGUGUGUGUGUGUGUGAGUGAGUGUGUGUGUGUGUGUGUGUGAGAGAGAGAGAGAGAGAGUGAGAGUGUGUGUGUGAGAGAAUGAGUCGGGCUGCAUGUCUGAGAAUCCAAAAUGUCUUGAAUCCUUCAAACCUGAUGUGAAUAAAACAGGAUGAUGGAGCGACUUGUUUCUCCGUUUGUUUAUCUGCUGCAGUUUUCAGAUUUCUUACAGAAACAGAAUAAUCCUUUGAGAAAAGGUUGGUUUGGUAAACUUAGUAAUUACUGAUGCUUUUCUUUCAAAGAUACAAAUAAUAAGUCCAGGAAAGUGAACGAGCUCUAAAUGUUCCGCUGGCUCUGCUGUUAGUGAAGAGGUCUAAACUGAUCAGCUGCUGGUUCGUGACUUCCUGCUUCACCAUAGAUGCAUCUUUUUCAUUCAGGAAUUAAUAUGAAAUAUGUAUUUUUACACCACUACAUGAGUUACUUUACAAACUAAGAUUUUACAUGAACAUGUAACUUUUUUACACCAUUUGAUGACUUGAGCUUCUUUUGGUCAUCGUGAAAUUGUGACCGCAUUCCUCAAUAAACAAUAUAAAGAA